UACUAUCAUUGCGUUCGGUUUGCCACGUUCCUUUAACACUUUUAACUCCAAACGACUCUUUUAGCGUUCGGUUUAGUCCGAUUAGUGACAGUUUAACACGCUUAAAUGUCAUUUAAAAGCACCCUAAAAUUUGUCCCGCUCCAGCCCCUGACUGACCGAACUCGCCUAAAAUCAUAACUUGUCAAUUGUCAUUGCCCACGGACAGCAUUUUGACAGGUCUUUUAUUUUAGUAAUUUAAAUUUUUUGUUGAAUAAUAAUUAGCGAAUUUUUAUGAUGUAUGUAAAACAAGAAGAAUGCUUAGAUCUUCGUGAAGAUAUUUUAAAAAAAGAACCAAAACUUGUUUCUGGACAACAAAUUUAUAAAAACGAACAUGACGAUGUUUUUAAAGAAUUUGAGACCAAAACCCCUGGACUAGGACAGGAUGUUGAAAUUAAACAAGAAAUUAUUGAAUAUGAAAAUUGUCAAGAGCCUAAAAUUGAAGAACGUUCUGAUAUGCUGCCAAAAAUUGACCAUGAUUCAAUGUUCAAAGAAAACAUGCCAUUUUGUCCUACAACUAUUAAAAAAGAACUCGACAACACUAGUGAAGUGAACCAGACGGAUAUUAGAGAUAUGAAGGAAGAGUUUGGCGAAUAUGUUCAGUCUAAAUUUGAAAUUUUAACUACCCAUUGUGAUUUACCGACUUUGAAAAAUGAAAAUACUGAAUCGGAGACUGAAUAUUUAGAUUGUUCGACAGAGUCGUGCAAAAAGGAACAAGACCAAAGGAUAUCUAAAAAAAAUAACUCAAAUGUUUUGAAUAUAAAAAAGAAAAGUCAAAAAUAUUUCAAGGGACAUUUGCGGAAGGGCCACAUCAAAAAAAUUGACCUACAAAAAACAUUCAAGUGUGACAUUUGUUCCAAAGAAUUUUCUCGAAAAUAUAGCUUGCAGCAACAUUUAAUAACCCAUAAUGAUGAAAAACCAUUUAAGCCAUUUCAGUGUAACAUUUGUUCUAAGGCAUUUGCUCGUAAACAUUACUUACAGUCACAUUUUAGAACGCACGGUCCUCAAAAACCAUUCAAAUGUAACAUUUGUUCCAAGAAAUUCAAUCAUAAAUAUAACUUACAGACUCAUUUAAGAUUGCACAAUAACGAAAAACUGUUAGAGUGUAACAUUUGUUCCAGGAAAUUUCACGUGAAAUCUAGCUUACAAAGCCAUUUAGUAACUCACACUAAUACAAAAUUGUUCAAGUGUAACUUUUGUUCCAAGGAAUUUAAUCAUAAAUCUAAUUUUAGGACACAUUUAAGAACGCACACUAAGGAAAAACCAUUUAAGUGUAACAUUUGUUCCAAGCUAUUCAAUCAUACAUCUAAUUUACAUAGACAUUUAAAAACGCACACUUUCAAGUGUGACAUUUGUUCCAAGGAAUUUAGUCAAAAAGCAGAUUUGCAUCAACAUUUAAUAAUUGAUGAAAAACCAUUGAAGUGUGACAUUUGUUCCAAAGAAUUUAUUUAUAAACACAUAUUACAGAAUCAUUUAAAAACCCACACUAAUGGAAAUCAAUUCAAGUGUGACAUUUGUUCUAAGGAAUUUACUGGGAAAUUCGUCUUACAGCGACACUUGUUAACCCACACUAAUGAAAAACCAUUCCAGUGUGAUAUUUGUUCUAAGGAAUUUAAUUAUAAGUAUAGCUUGAAGGUACAUUUAAGAAGUCACACUAAUGAAAAACCGUUCCAGUGUAACAUUUGUUCCAAGGAAUUUAAAUGUAAAACUAGUUUACCAAUACAUUUAAGAACCCACAUUAAUGAAAAAGGAAUUUAAUCAUAAACCUAAUUUAUAGAAACAUUUAGGAUCUCACACUAAUAAAAAAUAAUUCAACUAAUAUUUGUUCCAAGGAAUUUGAUCAUAAACCUAAUUUACAGAAAUAUUUAUUAUCUCACACUAAUGAAAAAUCGUUCCAGUAUAACAUUUGUUCCAAGUAAUAUAAACACAAAAUUAGUUUACAAAUACAUUUAAAAUCCCACACUAAUGAAAAACGGUUCAAAUGUAACUUUUCUUCCAAGGAAUUUUUAUAAAAAAAAAUGGCUUACAAGUACAUACGAACCCACAUUAAUAAGCCAUUCAAUUGUAUCAUUUGUUUUGUAGUACUUAUUGAAUGUUACAGUACAUCACUACUACUCUUUGUAGUCAUGUUGUUUUACAGUGGUAAAACUUUGGGUUGCCUCUGUCAACUGUUGUUCAAGGCGAUACCCCUUGUUUUAUAUUUUAUGCAUUAUUAUUCUGUUUUUAUGGUGAUACAACAGGUUGUAUAGACUUUCGGUAGUUAUGAAUGGUGAAUAAAUGC